UAUCUGCACCUCGCAUUCCACCACCAGAAGCGCGCAGCAACUAAGCAAAUCAUUAGAGGAAACAUGUCGAGAUCUCUGGCUAAAACCGGUCUGAGCCACCUCCUGAGCCGGCUCCUUUUCGGACCGGCACCGGUUCUCCACCAUUCUAGCCGAUCCUUCCAGACCCUAGCAUUCGAAGAGAUCAAAUCGUCACCGGAAAAGCCCCAUGAAUUCACGGCGUUCGUUCUCCACGGCCUCCUUGGUUCUGGUCGAAACUGGCGGUCCUUCUCUCGCUCCCUCGCUUCCCGCCUCUCUCCCGCCCAGUGGAGGAUGAUUCUUGUGGACUUGAGGAAUCAUGGGAGGUCUGCUGAAAUAGAAGGAUUAUUGCCCCCACAUAACCUGGAAAAUGCUGCCAAAGAUCUGGCGGAUCUGGUGAAAUCAGAAGACUUGGAUUGGCCUGAUGUUGUUAUUGGCCAUUCAAUGGGUGGAAAGGUUGCAUUGCAAUUUGCCCAAAGUUGUGCUAAUGGGCAUUAUGGGGAUGAUGUUACCUUGCCCAAACAGCUUUGGGUAUUGGACUCUGUUCCUGGUAAAGUAAUCCAAGAUAAUACUGAUGGUGAAGUGGAGAAAGUUUUGCAGACCUUACAGAGUCUACCUUCAACAUUACCCUCUAGAAAGUGGCUGGUAGAUCACAUGCUGAAGCUUGGGUUUUCAAAGUCUUUAUCCGAAUGGAUAGGGAGUAACCUCAAAAAAUCAGGAGAACAAGAGACUUGGGCUUUUAAUCUUGAUGGGGCAGUCCAGAUGUUCAAUUCUUACAGGGAGAUGGAUUAUUGGCCCCUACUGGAUCACACACCCAAAGGCAUGGAGAUAGACGUCGUGCGUGCUGAGAAGAGCGACAGAUGGAACCAGGAUGUUAUACAGCAGCUUGAACACCUCUCAGCUAAAGGAGUUAACGAAAAUGAGGGAAAGGUCUUAGUUCAUGUCCUUCCCAAUGCCGGGCACUGGGUUCAUGUGGAUAAUCCUAAAGGACUUCUUGAUAUUAUUGCUCCUAAAGUUGCCUCUAUAGUUUAGCUACUGAUACUCUGCAAGCUGCACUAAGGGUGUAUCAGCAUUUUAACAGUCAUUCAGUUAAAAUCACAGGAGUUUGAAGUAUCAAACAAUGUUCUGUGAGUAUUAUGAUAUUGUUGCUGGUUAGAUUGAGCAGUGAUAAUGUUGAAACUGUGGCCAGAUACAUAAUUUAUCUCUGCUUGGAAUAAGAUCGUCCAAUUUUUGAGCCGGAUAAGACAAGUUAGGGGUCAUGUACUUUGCAAGACCAUCUUUUUUCUAGUUUUGGAAAAUUUAAGAUUAGUUGCAUUU